CCCCUGCCGGCUCCCCCCCCAAAAGUUGGAGUCUUCGCUUGCAAGUUGCCAGCGGAGUCGCGCGCCGAGAGCUAGACGGCGCAGAAAGUCAUGGCUUCUCCGGCCAAAGGCAGUGACUUGUUUUCGUCAGAUGAGGAGGGCCCCGCGGUGCUGGCCGGCCCGGGCCCGGGGCCUGGAGGUGCCGAGGGUAGCGCGGAGGAGCGCAGGGUCAAGGUCUCCAGCCUACCCUUCAGCGUGGAGGCGCUCAUGUCCGACAAGAAGCCGCCCAAGGAGUCGCCCGCGGUGCCACCCGACUGCGCCUCGGCUGGCGCUGCCCUGCGGCCGCUGCUGCUGCCGGGACACGGCGUCCGGGACGCGCACAGUCCCGGCCCUCUCGUCAAACCCUUCGAGACCGCCUCGGUCAAGUCGGAAAAUUCCGAAGAUGGAGCGGCGUGGAUACAGGAGCCCGGCAGAUACUCCCCGCCUCCCAGACACAUGAGCCCUACAGCCUGCACCCUGAGGAAACACAAGACCAACCGGAAGCCACGCACACCCUUUACCACAUCCCAGCUUCUAGCCCUGGAGCGCAAGUUCCGCCAGAAACAGUACCUCUCCAUUGCAGAACGGGCCGAGUUCUCCAGCUCUCUGAACCUUACAGAAACCCAGGUCAAAAUCUGGUUCCAGAACCGAAGGGCUAAGGCAAAAAGACUGCAGGAGGCGGAACUGGAAAAGCUGAAAAUGGCUGCCAAACCUAUGCUGCCCUCGGGCUUCAGUCUGCCUUUCCCUAUCAACUCACCGCUGCAAGCGGCGUCCAUUUACGGAGCGUCCUACCCCUUCCAUAGACCUGUGCUUCCCAUCCCGCCCGUUGGACUCUAUGCCACACCGGUUGGAUACGGCAUGUACCAUCUAUCCUAAAGACCAAACGGACAGACUCCAGGAUGGAUGUUUGCAUAAAAGCAUUCCCCUCCCUCUCCAAGAAGACGGUGCCAGUCCAACUCCAGCUUCAAAUCUCGCACCGCCACCCUAAGCAACAGGGCCCAAAGGGCACUUGAUACAGAGUGAAUUUGUUAUUUAGGUGAGAGGCACCAAGACCUACUUUGUUUUCAUAAUCUUCCAAAUGUCCCCUUUUCCUCUCACAAAUAUUGGCUCUGCUAGUUUUUAUGUAUAAAUAUAUAAUAAAAUAUAAGACAUUUUUAUAUGCCAGAUGUAAAAAUUCAAGUUAUUUUGAAAGGCAAAGUUUAUAUAUGCAUUUAUCCAUUUUUCUAGAUAGCAUCUUAAGAUAUUGUGUUAAGUCUGUUUGCUACAUUUUCUUAAAGGGAACGAGAUUAUUUGUAGAAUAAUCUACAAAUAGGAUCUGAGAGAAUGGUGAACUUGCUUCUGGAGCACAUACCAGAAGUAGACAGGGUGCACACAAGGAUGCGAUUCAGAUAGAUUCUUGCAAAUGAAGGCAGGUGUGUGACACGCCUGCAUUUUAUGUGCAUAAGAAAAAUCUCCUUUGAGAUGCACAUGUGAUCCUAUUUUCCCUCCUUUUCUCCCUAUUACCUUUCCUUUUUUUAAUUAAGGUCCUUGAGAGGAGGCUAAGAAUAACCCUGAGAACUCCUCAGGGCAGGGCAGGAAAUCAGAAAACUUGGUAACUCCUGUCAGGUUGGCCUUUACUCUGGCCCAAAUAGAUGGAGUUAGAGUUGAAAGAGUAAAACGUGUUUGGAAAAAUUGAUUUCUGUGAAAUGCUAAUUACAUCAGUCUCCACACGUUGCAGAGGUGAUGGGGGAGGGUGUGGUAAUUGUCUGCUUAAAAAACAAUGUCUUGUUACUAUUAUCUCUAUUUUAAAUAUUCUUCAACAACCCAUAGAAUCAGGAAGGAAAAAAAAAUGCUUUCCGUAUGUGUGCUUACUGUAUGUGCUAAACUUACUAGGGAAAAUGUAUUACUCUAACAUGUUGGGGGCAGAGGGUGAAGCCGUCUUAUUGACUUGGCUGGAAAUGGUGUUGUCAGACGACACAGUCAGCUCCUUGGUAUUUCAUCUUCCUGCCCAUCUCUUCCACCAGUAUAUUUUUUAUCCCGUUGAAAGGUAUCUUGUAUAAUUUUAUAUAUUUUAUUGAAGAGUUAUUUCUUAUCUCUUACUCUGAAUUAAAUUAAAAUGUUUUAUUGCAGUAAA